UGCCGGGCGGCGGCCGCCUCGGAGCGUUUGGCGGCGGCUCCGGCCGCGGCGGAGGAGAGUUUUCCAGCCUGCUAAAGGUGCGGUGGAUAUACUAGAAUGGACACAGAGGAUUUCCCUCCGCCACCACCAGAAGUUCUAGAGCGUGAACCAAAAGCCGCGGGCCCGAAUGAUGAAGAGGAGGAUGAGGGAGAACAGUUUGAUUUUGAUAGUGGAGAUGAGAUACCAGAAGCAGACAGGCAAGCCCUUGUACCACCUAUUCCUGGUCCUGGAAAUUACAUAGAGCACCAAGAGGCUGGUGCUGCAGGAGCUGAAAAUUUAGAAAACACUGAGAAGCUGCAAACAUCAGAACCUGCUGCAGAAGGCACUCCAGCCAAAGUAAAUCCCUACUCAGUCAUAAAUAUUUCCCCAAUCCAAGAUAAGGAUCCAUCCUCAUCACCAGAACCAAGCCCCCAAGAUGAAUGUGCAAGUCCCAACCUGUCUGGUGGAUAUUCCGUUCCUGUGCCUUGUGGAUAUGCUGUGCCAUCCAACUUACCUUUGAUCCUGCCAGCAUACUGCAGUCCUGUCAUCAUACGCAGUGUUUCUGUAGAUGAAGAAGGUACACCAUCAGCAACUGAAGAAUGUCAUUAUAAUUCUGUAAACUUGGAGGACCCUCAGAAUAGUGAAGAUAACCAGAGCAAGAAAGAGGAUGAUGCCCUGGCCAAAUGGGUUGCAGAUCCUGCAAAUACAGCAUGGAUGGAAAACCCGGAUGAGGUAAUUUAUGAUGACGUGCCAAGAGAAGACUCAGACUCUGAGCCAGAGGAAAUGAUUUAUGAUGAUGUUGAAAAUGGUGAGGAUGGUGGAAACAGCUCCCUGGAAUAUGGGUGGAGUUCAAGUGAGUUUGAAAGCUAUGAAGAACAGAGUGAUUCUGAGUGUAAAAAUGGAAUUCCCAGCUCCUUUUUGCGAGGCAACCACAAGAGACAUCUUUCUCAUGACCUAACGCGUUUAAAGGAGCAUUAUGAAAAAAAGAUGAAAGAUUUGAUGUCAAACACUGUGGGAGCAGUAGAGAUUCAGCAACUAAGGCAAAAACAUGAGCUGAAGAUGCAAAAGCUUAUGAGAGCUGCUAGAGAAGGUACCAAAGAUGGACUUGAAAAGACAAAAGCAGCUGUGAAGAAGGGUCGUUCCUUCAUUCGGACAAAAUCUUUCAUUUCUCAAGAUCAUAGAUCAUCUUGUCUGGAAGAAGAAGAGCUAAAUUUAUUUAUUGAUGUGGACUGUAUGCAUACAGAAGCAAUUAUGACUCCUAUGCCUGAAGGAUUAUCACAGCAGCAGGUUGUGAGAAGGUAUAUUUUGGGCUCUGUAGUUGACAGUGAGAAGAAUUACGUGGAUGCCCUCAAAAGAAUCCUGGAGCAAUAUGAGAAGCCCCUUUCAGAUAUGGAACCAAAAUUACUGAGUGAAAGAAAACUUAAAAUGGUCUUUUAUCGAAUUAAGGAAAUUCUGCAGUGCCAUUCAAUGUUUCAGAUUGCUCUGGCGAGUCGUGUAUCUGAGUGGGACUCUGUUGAAAUGAUCGGUGAUGUCUUUGUUGCUUCAUUUUCUAAAUCUAUGGUAUUGGAUGCAUACAGUGAAUAUGUAAACAACUUCAGUACAGCCGUUGGGAUUCUCAAGAAAUCUUGUGCCACCAAACCUGCCUUUUUAGACUUCUUAAAGCAAUGUCAGGAUUCAAGCCCUGAUCGCAUUACACUGUAUGGUUUAAUGAUGAAACCUAUCCAACGUUUUCCACAGUUCAUUCUGCUAUUGCAGGAUAUGUUGAAGAACACUAGUAAAGGACAUCCUGACAGAUUACCUCUACAGAUGGCUCUUACAGAACUUGAGACACUGGCAGAGAAGUUAAAUGAAAGGAAAAGGGAUGCAGAUCAGCGCUGUGAAAUAAAACAAAUAGCAAAAGCAAUGAAUGAACGUUACCUGAACAAGCUACUCAGCAGCGGAAACAGAUACCUCAUACGGACUGAUGAUAUGGUUGAGACAGUUUAUAAUGACAAAGGAGAAAUUAUCAAAACCAAAGAACGGCGACUUUUCAUGUUGAAUGAUGUGCUGAUGUGUGCAACAGUAAAUAUUCGUUCUUCCUAUGAAAGCAGUGGCACCGUGACAACUGGCCAGAGGUAUUUACUGAAGUGGAGCGUACCGCUGGGACAAGUGGAUGUCAUAGAGUAUGGCAGCAGUGAGGGCCAAGGAGACAACUGCAGGUUCCCACCCCAGCUCCCUGCUGAAAAUGUCAUCAUUAACUCUAAGCCAACUGCUGUAUGCAUAACCCUGAAAGAACUAUAUCAAGAAGACUAUUUCUUAGAAUUGGAGGUCCCUUUUGUAGACAAGCUCUAUAUGGGACCAGGGCAACUGUACCAUGAUCUGCAGAACCUUUUACAUGACUUGAAUGUACUUGGUCAAAUUAGCCAAUUAAUAAGCAGCCUUAAAGGAAACUAUCAGAAUUUAAACCAAUCUGUAGCCCAUGACUGGACCUCAGGUUUACAAAAACUGAUUUUGAAAAAAGAAGAUGAAAUCAGAGCAGCAGAUCGCUGUAGAAUUCAGCUGCAACUCCCAGGAAAGCAGGACAAGUCUGGGCGGCCAACUUUCUUUACAGCUGUGUUCAAUACAUUUACCCCUGCCAUCAAACAGUCUUGGAUCAACAAUUUACAAAUGGCUAAACUGGCCCUUGCAGAGGAUAACCUCUUAGGUUGGUUCUGCAUAGAAGAUGAUGGGAAUCAAAUCAAAAAAGAAAAACAUCCUCUUCUUGUUAGACACAUGCCAGUGAUGGUGGCCAAGCAACAGGAGUUCAAGGUUGAAUGUGCUGCUUAUAAUCCUGAGCCAUACCUUGCUGGAGAAACAGAGUCAGAUUCCUGUGCUGUGGAACAUGGUUUUCUUUGGAUUGGCAGUUGUACAAAUCAGAUGGGCCAGGUUGCAAUAGUCUCGUUUCAAAGCUCCAGCCCCAAGGUUAUUGAGUGCUUCAAUGUGGAAUCACGGAUUCUCUGCAUGGUCUACAUACCAGAGGAGGAGAAGCUGAAAGAGCAAAACAAAGCUCCAGACUCUGAAAAUGUUCUUGCAAAAACUUCUAAUGUGCCUACUAUUUGCCUUGGCAUGGAAGAAGGAAGCAUUUCUAUUUACAAAAGUUGCCAAGGCUCAAAGAAAAUUCGACUUCAACACUUCUUCACUCCUGAAAAAUCAACUGUUAUGAGCUUAACAUACAGGUCUCAGUACUUGUUUGCUGGCUUGGUAAAUGGAAACGUCUCAAUCUACACAAAAGCAGAAGAUGGGACAUGGAACACAGAACCUCAGAAGAUAGUUAAAUUGGGUGUUCUACCUGUUAGAAGUCUGCUUGUGAUGGAGGAGACCAUUUGGGCUGCAUGUGGUGGACAAAUUUUUAUAAUCAGCACUGUGACGCAUUCCAUAGAGAACCAUUUUGAAGCCCAUCAAGAGGAAGGGAUGGUUAUCUCUCACAUGGCUGUGGCUGGAGUGGGAGUCUGGAUUGCCUUCACAUCAGGAUCUACCCUUCGACUGUUCCACACAGAGACACUGAAACACCUCCAGGAUGUUAACAUUGCCACACCUGUUCACAAUAUGUUGCCAGGGCAGCAGCGUGUCUCUGUGACCAGCCUCCUGGUGUGCCAUGGGCUACUGCUGGUUGGAACAAACCUGGGGAUUAUAGUAGCAUUGCCAGUGCCACGCUUGCAGGGGAUUCCCAAAGUAACUGGAAGAGGAAUGGUGUCAUACCAUGCACACAAUAGCCCAGUCAAGUUUCUUGUAACAGCUACAUCUAUAAACAAAAAGAACAGAAACAAAUUGAGAAACAGCCUCCCUCCUGGCUCAGAACCUAAGGACGAUGACCAAAAGAACAUUCUGCACAGUGAACGACCGGGCUCUUCCCUUAGUAACACCCAGGACACUGCAGUUUGGCUGGGGGAUUCAGCAGGGUCCAUUGCACAAAGAAGUGACUUGUCAUCAUCUUCUGGAUCCCUUACUUUGUCUCAUGGAUCAAGUUCCCUAGAACACAGACCAGAGGACAGUAACAUUUAUGAGCUUCUGAAGGAUCAAAAUAUCUCAUUUAAAAGCAAAAGACAGAAAUCUAAGAAAAUGAAAGCCAGUUCAGUGCUAGUAAUUUCUGGUGGCCAAGGACACAGAAGACUGAACAAGAAGACCAAGCAGCAACGACAAGAUGAAUUAGUGUCUUCAGUGAUGGUCUGGCAAAUCCCACUAUUAAAUAUCUAACUGAACUAAAUCCAGGAUUGUUUUUGCUAUUAAAAAAAAUGUGAUAUCCUUUUGUGGCUAAUGCCAACUUAGGACCCAAGCAGAUAGACUUUCUACACCUGGGAGCAAUUUCAGUAGGCUUGGAUCACAGGAUUAAGGGUGCAAGACAGUCUUCACAUACUUAGAACAUUCUGCAGUGUUAGAGCAUUGGAAAAUGUUUAGCUAUUGGUGCUGUCUUUGAUACUUAGGAAAAAAAAAGGAAUGUUAGGGACUUUAAAAUGGUUUUAGAAUCUCUUACCUUAUUUAUACUCACAUUUAUAAAUAUCUUAAUUCUGUUCUAUAGCACUUAGGGAAGGCAAGGAAGACAUGCCAUGUCUCAUGCUAGUUUCUGCUUGCAUAAAUCAGUUAUUUCUACUUUUUCCCAAGUGACAUAUUGCAUGAAAGAGUAGAUUUUAACAAAUUAACAAAUAUUUUUAAAUAAGUAAUCUAAUGUGAGCUAGUAUUAAUUUGGCAAGAAUUAUAAUAGUUUAAAACUUCAUUCCACAUACCAGACUUUGGUUGGAACAAAACUGGCUAAAUUAAUUAAUCAGUGUUUAUUUAUUUCAACAUAGAACAUAGAUUUUUAAAAAAAUACUAAAUUCUAAUGCUCAGUGUUAUUAGAACUGUUGCAGUACACAAGGCACAUUAAUUUUCUUGGUAGGUGCGAUGUGUAAGCCACUUGUUUUUGUUAUACAGAAAGUUGCAGGGAUGUGAUGGCUUUGGGCAAAUAGAAAAUACAGAUACAGGACAGCUGUGCGUUGUGCUGCUAACAUCCUCCCUCUGCAACUCAAUAUCAAAGCUAAACGUGGAUUGUAACAUUUUUAAGGAGGCAUGCACAUCCAGUAAAUUAAUAACAAAGUUAUUAAUUAAGUAAUUAAUUGGGAAGAUAUAUAUACUAAUAUAGGAAUAUCUAUAGCAGGUACAGGUAAUCACUAUAAGUCCUACAUUAGCUGAGUUGUGCUGUGGCCCCAGGCAAGCAUCUGUCAAAUACUGUCCCAGUGCAACAGCAGAGGUUUGGUCAUACCUGAGUGGCAAGCCCUUCUUUUCACCCAGUUUCAGCAAAGCACGGCCCUGUAAAUGGGAAUUGGGAAAGUGGGAUGCACAGCUUCAUUCCCUCAGAUGGGCAAGUUGUCACUUUGGUACUGUUAAAAGGAUGAAUUCUAAGUAGGGACCUGAUCAACAUUUUAGUCAUGAAUUUAUGUAUUUCCAAAGGAAACUUUGAAUUUGGGAUUCAUACUGAAAUUGCCUGUUGCACUAAUCUCUGCACAUAUGAAAUACAAGACAAAUGCUUCAGCUCAUAAAGACAUUGCCAGAAAUGGUGACGAGACACAUCCUUCAGUCAAAAUCUGUUUAAUGCAGGUAUCUUGUUGAACAGAGUUGCUGAGAACAUUCUUUUCCUUCCUCAGUAGAUUGAAGUACGGAGAAAUUAGAAUGAUUAAAUUUCUGUUUUGUGAAGGACUCUAAUUCUAUCCAUCAUUUUCAGUAAAAUGCAAUCUGAAGUAGAACGUUUAUCAGAUGUAUACAUUGACUAGAAUAGAAUAAAACUUCUGGCUACAUUAUUAUCCCAGUAAGAGGGUGAUUUGCCCUGAAAUUGUUUUUGCUACUUCUAAUUCAAAGCCUUGAUUCCACUAUGUUUUGUUUCAAUCUGCCUAGUUUAAAUCACUAUCAACCAUAAGGACAGUGUUUCCCAGCAUGUGCCAUUUCAAGGAAAACAGUACUAGAAACUGAGGUAUUUUUGUUGGAUAUCAUAGUAGGGUUGGUGGUUUUAAAAUUAUGCUGAAAUUUAUUUUCUUAAUUUUGCAACAGAUCUGUGUAUGUCUAAAUUUUCAGUCUUUUCUAUCAAGAUGACCCCAAAACAGGCAUUUCAGAAUCAGGUAUGCGUCCUGAUUUCAGGGAUUUGCCCACAUCCUCCAUUGAACCAUAAUAGCAUGGAUUUCAAUGAGUCACAAAGGAUACUUGUUAUAGAUGGGAUUGUAGGCUUAGGAUCUUCAUUACUGCUAUGUGCUUUUCUUCCAUGUCUUUUGCUAUGUGUCUUGCAACUUCAGUUGAGUAUUGUCAGUGUUGGCAUAGGCUUAGUGUUGGCUUGAGUCCUGGUAGGGGGGAAAAAAAAAAAAAAGGAAAAAAGCAGAGUGCCUCUAAGCCAGGCAGCUGGCAACAUUUUCCCAAACUUUUCUUCUUCUCCUCCCUGACCUACUGCUUAGGCUCCCUUGGCUUGAGAGGUCAAGGCCAGUUUCACUUUCUAUACUCUUCCAUAGCUAUUGCCCUGGGAGCUGCUCUUUGCCCACUGUGUGGAAGUACUACAUUGUACAGUUUAAUGUAUGUAUGCUGAAAAGCAAGUUAAGAGAUUCUUCUGUGUAUAAAGCAUAUAUAAUCUAGUAUCCCUUGGCUACACUGCAGCAAAAAGACCACAGGUUUUAUUUCACAUGCUCCUUGGGCAUGGUAUUCCAUGUCCCUGCCUUCAGGACUGGAGAAUCACAUCUACUCCCUGAUGGAUCUUGAUCACUAGGAGCAGUAAGUAAAGUCCACCACACACUCAACUGGAAAUCCAUGCAUUACAGGAUCCUCUAGCAGUACUCUUGAGAGUUGUAAAGAGACAUUUAUCCUGUCAGUUGAAAUGUAAUUUUCUUCAGUUCUGUCAAUAGAACAAAUUACAAAUCUGCUCUUCUGAAAGUACGUUGGAGUUUUGCCAGUGACUUCUGUAAGAAAAGAAUGGGUCCCUCAUUCAAUUCCCCUCUUUUGAAAAUACCUAUCUAUUUAUCUUACUAAGCUGUAAAGCAAAAGAGAAGCUGUCUUUAAAAAUACAUAUUGUCAUAAACUAGAUUUUAGGGGCAAUGUUCCUUUUUGACAUGCAACUUUCUGGUAUUACCUUACUAUAAAAACAGGCAGGAACCAAAGUUUCUCUUACAGCUGACAAAUAGUCCUUAUAGCUGUUGUAGACUGUUCUGCUCGGAGGUUGGAUUUUGCUUUCUGAUACUGCUUUUCUAGAUUAAUAGAAGUUAUGAAAAUAAUAGGAGAAAAUGGGAGCAAAUGUAACCACUACGAUAUAGUCUAUAUAUGUUUUCUAACACAUAGUAGUGUAUUUUGUAACAUGAGCCAUAAAACUUGUGUAUUUAUGUUCAAAAUAUAAUUUGAGAAAAAUGUUGAAUAAAAAAUAUGAUAAAAAUUAACUUCA